AUGCGGGUCCCGAAUCCACCGGGUGCUUUAUCCCGGGAAACUCUCUUUUCUUUCACCCUGGAUCGGCCAACUCAAUAUCCACCAUUCCGCUACGCUCCGCCAUCGUGCAUGCAGGCCAUGGCCCCUUCACUGCAACCCCAUGUCACCUCGGACAGCUUCUUCCACACAACCUCGCCGCCACGACCAGUAUCCUCCAAUUCACCCGCAACUCCAGUCAUAGUCUAUUUUAUAUCCGGAAACCCAGGUCUCAUCUCUUACUAUUACCCCUUCUUCACCUACCUCUCCACCAAACUCCAAUCCCUCAGCAGCAAACAGAAGAAAGAUCAUCAAUUUCACAUCUACGGCCACAGCCUAGCUGGCUUCGAAGUACAGUCUCCCCUUCCCACGCAUUACCACAACGUGGAAGACCAGAUCCGGUUCAUCCAGCGCAAGCUCGACUCCUUCGUGCAAGCCACUACGCAACCAUCUCCGACUACUAAUGUUCGGUCCCGUGUCAUCCUCAUGGGCCAUUCUGUGGGCACUUAUAUCGCCAUGGAAGUAAUCCGGCGACAUCGCGAACGCUCAACGUCUGACCACUCCAAUACUGGUGGCUUCGACAUCAUCGGUGGAGUGAUGCUCUUCCCGACUGUAAUGGAUAUUGCCAGUUCCCCCUCGGGAAAGAAGUUGACUACCCUGCUAUCAAUCAUCCCCUCCCUCGCAUUAGUAGUCUCCGUCUUCGCCCGUAUCCUCACCACCCUCCUACCUGACUUCGCCCUCCGUACAUUAAUCAAACUGUUCAUGGCCGAUCCGCCAUCGCAGGCUAUUGAUACCACCUGCGCCUUCCUGAAGAGUAAGAGGGGCGUCAGACAGGCCUUGCACAUGGCUGCUGAUGAAAUGCGCAUCAUUACGACCGAUAAGUGGAGCGAUGAUGUUUGGGGAAUAGCUUCCUCUUCCUCUUCUUCCUCCAGAAACAGGGAUGGUGAGAGGAAUGACUCGUUGACUACUGCAGCUUCUCUUCCAGCCCGGAUGUUCUUCUAUUUUGGACGGAAUGAUCAUUGGGUUGCGGAGAAGACGAGGGAGGAGAUUAUCGAGGCCAAGAGUAUGGCCAGGGGAAAGGGAGGGAAGACUCCAACCAUGGUGGUCUGUGAGGAUGGGCUACCGCAUGCAUUCUGUUUGCGUCAUAGCGAAGUCACGGCGAGUAAGGCCGCUGGGAUGGUCAUGGAUAUCAUCGCCGAUUGA